GACCCGCUAUUAUUCAAUAUCUAAUGGCCAUUUUGAUAUUUGAAUUCCCUCUCAUAUAAUUCAAAUCCAAAUAGCUAACGGCUCUUCCAAUUGUGAAAAAUGGAGAUGAAAUCUCCUCCGCCGUGUCCCGCCACCGUCACCAUCCGCCGCAACCCACCUCGAAAAGCACGCCCCACGCCCUCAUCUGCCAUUCCCCUCCGUCAACCGCUCUCUUCACCUUCUCUUUUACGAGACAUUUUUGCCACUGACACAGCGCAGAACCCUAACAAUGCCGAACUUGCUAAAACCGAUUCUUCGACGACAAGUCUCCCCGAGAACCUCAAGGUAUUCUUAAGAAUUCGCCCCUCCAUUAUUCAGAAAACCAGUAGAGCUAUUGCAGAAUCGAAGAACGCUUGGCCGAAAAAUGCAAAACUUAAGAGCAAUGCGAGGCCGAAGACGAAGAAGAGCCCUGAAAUCUGCGUACAAGCGAACGAGGAUCUGCGUUCCGUCACGGUUUCGACUCCGCAACCGCUGCAAGAGAUGAAGAGGAUCAAGUCGGAAGUAUAUGAAGGGUUUUCCCAUGUGUUUUCUGCUGAAUCAUCUCAGAAUGAUGUGUAUGAGGAAAUGGUGAAGCCUUUAGUUGAAGACUUUUCGAUGGGGAAAAGUGGGAUGUUGGCCGCCAUGGGACCUAGUGGUUCGGGGAAAACUCACACUGUUUUCGGCUGUGCCCGGGAACCUGGUAUGGUACCUCUUGCCCUUCGUCGUAUUUUCAGUCAACAUGAGAGCAGCACAUCUCAAUUAUCUCGGGUCGUCUACCUGUCGAUGUUUGAGAUAUCUUCAGAGAGAGGAAAGGGUGAGAAGAUGAUUGAUUUGCUGCAUGAUGGAGGUGAUGUCAGCUUGCAGCAUUCAGUUAUCAAGGGACUUGGAGAGGCUGUCGUUUACGAUGCUCAGCAAGCUGAGUCUCUGAUUGCACGUGGAAUGCUGAAACGCGCAACAGCCAUGACAAAUUCUAAUAGCCAGUCAAGCCGCUCACAAUGCAUCAUUAACAUACGGUGUGGUCCCAAGCAAGAUGGUGAAGAAGUUGAUGAGAACACGAGCAGCACUACAUUAACAAUUGUAGAUCUGGCUGGAGCAGAGAGGGAAAAGAAGACUGGGAAUCAGGGGGCUAGAUUGCUUGAAAGUAAUUUCAUCAACAAUACAUCAAUGGUGUUUGGGCAAUGCUUGAGGUCACUCUUGGAGCACCAGAAGAAUCGUAAUAAAACACUGCAGAAGCACUACAAAAACUCCUUGCUAACUAGAUAUUUGCGAGACUAUUUAGAAGGCAAGAAGAGGAUGAUGUUGAUUUUAACUGUCAAACCUGGAGUAGAAGAUUAUCUUGACACAUCAUUCCUGUUGAGGCAGGCUUCACCAUUUGCAAAAAUAAAGUUUAAAACCAUGGAAGAGACCGUAAAUUUGACCAACAAGAGGCCCAACCAAGCAUUACCUCAGGCAGGGCAACUUAAGAAAAUGAAGUUUGGCAACAACGAAAUUUCUUUGAUUAAUGAAAGAAAAAUUGACAGAUGGUUCCCCCAAAAUUUGCACAAAGACAUUCCUGUUGAUGCAAUUGAGGGUUCCCUUGAUCAAAACAUUCAAGACGUGUAUGAUGAGAACAUAAAUGUUCAUGCUCUAUCCAAUGGGUUUUCUGGAUUGAGGAUUCAAGAAAAAUUGUUGUUAAAGGGAAAUGACAGCAAGCUAAUGGUUAAAAAGGACAGGGAGUACAAAGUCAUGCAAGGACUUUCGAAAGCAUUAUGGAAUGUUCUGAAACAGUACAAGGAAAAACUUGAGGGAGUGGAAAUAGAAAAUUGCCUUCUCAGGGACAGCUUAGCCAAUGAAAAGACAAGAUGCCUGGACCUCAAGAAUGAACUUACCAGUGAAAAGAUGAGGAUCUUGGAUCUGGAAAAUGAAGUAAAAGAGUUAAAAUCUCGAUGUACUUGUAGUCAACCUUCUUCUAAUGUCUUUCAAGUGUCAACACAUAGUUCAAAUUUUGAUCAUUCACAAUAUCAAAUGGCUGAAACUUCGGAGGUGAAGUCAGACAUUUUAUCUCCUUCCUUGAGAGGUUUGGAAAAGACUGAAAAUGAGAAAGCGGCUAAUCCCUCAUUUAUUAAUGGUCAGGCUGGAGAUUUAGCUUCUUGUUCUGAUGGAGGCGAUGAGCAACACCCACAGCAACUUGAAGACCUCUUAGAAAGUAGCAAUGACACUGAAAAUACAAAGGGCGUUAGAGAUACAAGCAAAACAGAUGCAUGCUUUAGCAAUAAGGUACUUCCACCUAGUAUUGACAGUUCCCGAGAAUUGGUUUGCUGUGAGAAUAUGGCCACAGUGGAUAUCCCUUGCACAAGUGAAGCAGCUAUUCAGUCGACAAGUGGGUCCCUCUAUAUUAGUCACAAGUUUGAACAAGAUGCCCCAAAAAUUGUGGAAGGUGUGAAGAAUUUGGAAUCAGAGAGUGAAUGUGCACUGGAUGGAUCUUGUCUUUUGUCUUCUCUUGAAUAUGAUAAUGAAGAUCUAAAAGAUGCAAAAGCAAAACAAGAGCUGACUCAGUUGCAAAAUGAUAACGGCACAUCCUUGGUUGAAGAACAUAAUCUUCCAAUGGCAGCCCAUUCGCAUGCUGACUCCAAGUCUUCUGAAUCACGUCAGAUUGGUGACAUUUAUCAUCAUGUCAACUUUGCAGAUAAUGAUACAUCAUUGGUUGAGGAACAAAAUGUUCCAAUGUCGGACCAUUUGCAUUCUGACCUUAAGUCAUCUGGGUCUCCUCAGAAUGGUGACAUGUGUACUCAUGUGAAGGAAGAGCGCACGGUGGAAUCACUGGUUAGUAUACUGCCAAAGGAAGUAUUGGAUGCCCAAAACAAGUCCAAAUCUCAUAAAGUUGCUUCUUGCAGCAAUCAACUUACAGAGAAACCGAGAAGGAGACUGCAACCAGCUUCGUCUAUAUUGUUAAAGGAUCUCAGCAUGUUGGACAUCAAAGAUGAAAAUGACAAGCCAAAGGGAAGCAAGGUGGGGAAGAGAGCGACAACGGAUGAAAAGAGCAGAACACAAGGCAGCUUAUCUCUCCUUAAUUUGCUUACGAGUAAACUUGAUCGAUGAGAAGGUCUCAUUCAUAAAUUUUUGUUGUAUGUACAGGCGUAUGUUGGAAACAUCUGUUCUUUGAAGCCACAAAAGUCACUCUUCACCUGCUUACAGAUCAUUUUGUUACAUAAAAAAUCGUCUCAUCUUACUAUUAGGUUUCUAUUGAGCUUUGCAUUAUGAAAAAACACAAAUCUUCAUUAUUUCAUCUGAUGGUUCUUUUGCUUUAAGAACUCAUCAGCAUAUAUUAUUACUAUUUUCUCGACAAAAA